AUGUUGGAAUCCACAUUCUCUGAGCAGCGUCAACAAACCUCUGAAGAGAGUUCUCAGAAAUCAAAAAUGAAUAAGAGAUGGAAGACCGAUCUGCACUCUUCUUUGUCUACUUCAACAGGGGAUGAUGCUGAUGACGAUAGCUAUUAUAUGUCUUUGCCUGUGGUAAAGAAGUCGAAAGGAGGCGUUGGCUAUGCCAGAGAUGUAAAGGAAGAUGUGAGUUUUUAUAUGAACACCAUCUUGGACAUGUUCUUUGCGCUUUAUCAAUGUUCUGCGUCCACAAUACUCAGGAGCGGAGCAGUUUGUCUUAUUCCUUGGACACGUUCUUUGCGCUUUAUCGAUGUUCUGCGUCCACAAUACUCGGGGGCGGAGCGGUUUGUCUUAUUCCCUGGACAUGUUCUUUGCGCUUUAUCGAUGUUCUGCGUCCACAAUACUCAGGAGCGGUUUGUCUUAUUCCCUGGACAUGUUCUUUGCGCUUUAUUGAUGUUCUGCGUCCACAAUACUCGGGGGCGGUUUGUCUUAUUCUGGCCUCGAAGCAAGGAACCGCGCGCAGUGCUUUUGGCUUCUUUUCUGGCCAUGCGGUGUGUGGAGAAGGCCCCACAGAGUGUACUUGAACUCAUCAAGAACGACUUGCGGAAUGAAGACAGUGCUGUGAAGAUCACUGCAAUUCAAUGUUUGGACAUUCUAGCACUUCCAGAUUCUAUCUCAGCCUUUUUUGUCGGAUAA